AUGUCUGCUCAAGAUACCAACCAGAGCUUCAAGCUCGAGAAUGUCUUCAAUGUCAAGGAUAGAGUCGCCCUUGUCACCGGUGGCGGAUCGGGAAUUGGUUUGAUGGCCACUCAAUCGCUCGCUGUCAACGGUGCUAAGGUGUACAUCACCGGUCGCACGGGCGAGAAACUCGAGCGGGUGGCAGAAUUGUACGGAAAGAAUAUUCCCGGCCAGAUUAUCCCUAUCACCGCAGACAUUACCUCCAAGGAAUCGAUUAAGAAGCUCGUCGACGAGAUUUCAACUAAGGAGUCCAAGUUGCACAUCUUAAUCAACAACGCUGGCAUCAGUUCUUCACAUCAUACGACGGAGUACGAGGAUCCGAAAGAACUUCAAGAAGAGCUUUUCCACAACACCAGCACAGUCGAAGAAUGGGAAGAUGUGAUGCGCACUAACGUAACUCAGCUAUUUUUUACAACCACGGCAUUCCUACCAUUGCUUAACAAGGGUACGGAGGACGAGCCAGGGUGGUCUAGUACCGUGGUUAACAUCUCCUCCAUCUCGGGUAUUGUCAAGACAGCUCAGCACCACUUCGCCUACAACGCUAGUAAAGCGGCUGCUAUUCAUGUGACUAAAAUGCUAGCACAUGAAAUCGCCUCGUCGAAAAUCAAACUCCGGGUGAACAACAUCGCACCUGGAGUCUUCCCGUCAGAGAUGACGGCUAAGGACAGUGAUGAGAAGCAAAAGAGCUCGAUUCCCAAGGAGAGGUAUGAGGGCAAGGUCCCUGCUGGACGUCCAGGAAAGGAUGAGGAUAUGGCAGGUGCCGUUCUUUUCACUGUUUCGAACCAAUACCUCAACGGGCAGACUAUCGUUGUUGAUGGUGGAUACGUGCUGGCAGCUGGAACUGUUUGA